AUGCCUGGAAAGGAGAUCUCUGAUAUUUGCAUUUAUUGCAAAGAUUCUGAGGCAAUCGCAUCUAUCCGCGGCCGUCGCCUGUGCCGAAAUUGCUUCAUUGACUAUGCUAACAGCAAAGCGAGUCGUGGCAUGACUUCGUAUCGACCACAUAAAAACACCGCCACCUACAAAUUACUCCUACCUCUCUCUCUCGGGAUAUCGUCUUCUAGUCUCUUGCAUAUGUUGGAUCGAUUGCAGCAACGGCAGGUUUCUGCUUCUCUCGGCCGUGCAGGAUACGACGUGCAUGUAUUGAUUGUCGAUCCCUCGACUAUUCAUCCCGGUCACACCGACGUGCAAAGUAAUGUCGACGCUGUCAAGGCGAGCUUUCCUCGUCACACAUUCACCACCGUGCCUCUGCACAGCAUCUUUCAAUACGAUGCGACUAUCAAAGACACACUUUGCGACUUUGGGUUCGUUGAUGAGGGGUUUGACUCGGAUAAAGCACGACUUGAUGCGUUUCGAGCAUCCCUUUCAACAGCCACGGCAAGAGAUGACAUCGACAAUCUCCUUCUUGUUCGUCUGAUUGUCGCAUUCGCCAAAACCAAUAGCUGUGAUGGCAUUGUCUGGGGAGAUUCCGAUAGUCGCCUGGCUGCGAAGACUCUUGCGAACGUUGCUAAGGGCCGUGGCGCCUCUACGACCUGGCAAGUCUGCGACGGCGUAUCUCCAUGGGGCAUAGACUUCUGUUUCCCAUUACGCGAACUCUACAAAUUUGAACUAGAGCUUUACGUCCAACAGUUGCCGGAACUAGCCAGUAUCACAGUUCCUGAUUUACAGUCACAGGAGAAUUCAUCGAACCGAAACCUCUCUAUUGAUGGGCUUAUGAACCAAUACGUGAAAACACAAGGAGAGAAAUACCCCGGUGUGAUGGCCAAUGUAGUCCGCAUUGUCAACAAGCUACAACCGAUAUCAAGCAACAAGCAAGAUGCCAGAUGCCCUCUAUGUUCUACUCCGGUGGAACGCACUGCUCUUUCAGGGGAUAAUGAAGCGUCUACAAUUUCAAUGUGUUAUGCAUGCUUGCGGUCCCGAGCCGAUAUUUUACAAGAUUCUUCAAGCAACUGA